GUUCUCUCGCAGCUUACGAGCAGCAUCUCGACUCCCCAAGGUUUCAUCUACAUUUGCUCCUUAUUCCACAAUGUCUUCCAACAUCACGCUCUACACCUGGCCCACGCCUAAUGGCAUCAAGGCCUCCAUUACCCUCGAGGAACUCGGUCUUCCUUACAAGACUGAGGGAAUUAACAUCAGCACUAAUGUUCAGAAGGAAGACUGGUUCCUAAAGAUCAACCCGAACGGCCGCAUCCCCGCUCUCCUCGAUGGCUCACAACGUGUCUUCGAGAGCGGUGCGAUUAUGAUCUAUCUGGUUGACAAGUACGACACCGAUCGCAAGAUCAGCUACGCUCCGGGAACCUCUGAGCAUGUCGAACAGACCUCAUGGUUGAUGUUCCAGAUGGGCGGUCUUGGACCUAUGCAGGGUCAAGCCAACCACUUCCGUCUCUUCGCUGGCGCGCGCUCCGACUAUGGCAUUAACCGAUACAUCGAAGAGACGAAGCGACUUUACUCUGUCCUCGAAUCUCGCCUCAAAGAGAGUCCUUACCUCGCUGGCUCAAAGUACACUAUUGCUGAUAUUGCGAACUUUUCCUGGGUUCGAAAUGCUCCUGUCUCUUUGGAGAUUGAUUUGUCUGAAUUCCCCGCGCUGAAGAAGUGGGUUGACGAGAUUAAUAAGCGUCCUGCUGUGCAGAAGGGUGUGGAUGUUCCGCAAACUGGCAGGACUCCUGAGCAGUUGGCUGAGUUGUUCCAAAACUGUCGAGCCAAGAUUGAUGGUAUGACCAAUUCGGAUAAGCACUAAUUGGACAUAGCUGGGAGAGUUAGCUGGGAAACUCACAGGUCUAUUGUUUGACUGAACAUUCAUUGUUCCGUGAUUUGUUGAGGUCUCACUUUCGUCGCCCAAGUUACAAAUCUGCUAUAGAAGAAAUUACUAAAUUUUGAUCCAAUCCAAUCUAGCUGAUCUCAAAUAGGACACUGUUGUUUG